ACCCCCCCAAAAAAUUCCUUCAGAGCAUGUGUUACCCCCCUUGCAGGUAUGAUUUACGUACCUGUCACAAACUGUCGUAAAAAAUUAUAAUUCCCCGCACAGCGCAGUACCACACAUACAGCUGGGUUACAAUAACAGCAUCACCGUGAACUGCCAGGCCAGUUAAUCAUUAAUCAUUUUGAGAGUGACAGGAAACUUAACCUGCUGCGGUUGAAUCUCCAUUGGAUCACAGAUUAUUAACGCACGAAUCCGGAACCAGAGUCGAGCCGGGUGGUGGGCGGGACUGUGGAGCUAAACAAAAUGUUCUCGUUAACACUGCGCGUCUUUGUGCGCCCGGACCGUGCAACGGCUUAACAAACAUGACCGACUAUGAAGACGCGACCGCCUUCCUCGGAGAAUGGGGCCGUUUUCAGCAACAGGUGUUCUUCUUCCUCUGUCUGAGCACCAUCCCCAGCCUCUCCAUCGUGUUCCUCGGCGACACGCCGCCCCACCGCUGCCGCGUCCCCGAGCACGUCAACCUGAGCGCGGCAUGGAGGAACAGCAGCAUCCCCAUGGAGCCAGACAGCCACGGCGGCGCACUGGUGCCCAGCGAGUGCUCCAGAUACAAGCUGGAUGAUUUACUGGGUUUCUCUCAGAGAGGACUGUUUCCCGACGUUGACGUUAAUCUGUCCACUGUGCCACAGGAAGGCUGCUUAGACGGAUGGGAGUAUGACCGGAGCGUGUACACGUCCACCAUCGUGUCUGAGUGGGACCUGGUGUGUGAUAACAGGUGGAAGAAGCCGAUGACUUCUUCUGUCUUCUUCUGUGGAGUUCUCACUGGCUCGUUCAUUUCAGGACAGCUCUCUGACAGGUAUGGGAGGAAAAUCGUGCUGUUUGUUAACACUGCAGUGCAGGCAGUGUUCAUGUUCCUCCAGUUCUUUUCUCCAUCCUGGACCAUGUUCUGCGCUGCACACUUCAUUGUCGGGUUGGGACAUAUCUCCAACUAUGUGGCUGCGUUCGUACUAGGAACUGAGAUAUUAGGGCCACGAGUUCGGAUAAUCUUCUCCACUGCGGGUGUUUGCCUGUUCUUUAGUUUGGGCUACAUGUUGCUGCCACUGUUGGCUUUCUUCAUCAGAGAGUGGAGGAUGCUUCUCCUGGGACUCUCCCUGCCUGGGUUCCUCUGUCUGCCCCUCUGGUGGUUCAUCCCAGAGUCUCCUCGGUGGUUGCUCUCUCGAGGAAGAAUAGACGAGGCUGACGCCAUAGUGAGAGAUGCUGCAAAGAAGAACAAGAUUGAGCCUCCACUGGUCAUUUUUAGUCCCUUGCAGGAACAAUACCGUGACCCUUCUCCUGCAUCUGCAUGUUCCUCCUUGGAAAAAAGGCAGCUGGCCCAGGCUCACCCAAAAGAACUUAAGUCUGAGAAGACAAAGACACACAACAUCUGUGACCUGCUACGUACUGCAAAUAUCCGCGGGAUCACCAUCCUGCUGUGGCUGGUCUGGAAGCUACUCCAUUUCACUGCCUUACAUCCUCAUUGGAGGCCUCACAGCUCUGUCAGCGUUGCUGAGUCUCCUGCUGCCGGAGAGCUAUGGAAUGCCUCUGCCUGACACAAUCACUCACAUGCAGCACUUGCCCAGGUGUUGUCAGAAGAGGCUUUAUGUACUCGCACGCAGUGAGAAAGAGGAAAGCAAGGCUGAACGAAAGUCUAUGGGUUGUCAGCUGAAC